AGUGGGGACAGGAAACCAGACGUUGUGGCAACUUGUUCUGUCUCAGCUUUGGUAUGUGGACAACACAUAAAGAAGUAUAUGUUUUUUAGAUUGAUGUUGAGGAUUUGAGGUUGCCGUUUCAGCAGGAGAUGGCACUGAUGAGCCACAAGACUGAGCGAGUUGGAAGUGAAAGCUUGGAGAAAUGGGUGUCAGUUGGCUCUGGGGGAUUUGGUCAUGUCUACAAGGCCAGGCACAAGGACUGGGGGUUUGAUGUGGCCAUCAAGAUACUUCAGGAUAAUGUUCGUUGUGAUUCCAAUGAAGAGGUUAUUCAUAUGGAUAAGGCUUCCUGCGAGUUUGUGCUGAGGGUUUAUGGAAUUUACGAGGGAAUUCCACCAUUGAAAGGAUUCUCCAUGCAAAAGGGAAUAGUCAUGGAGCUCAUGAGCAGACGAUCAGUUCAGGACCUGUUGCAGGGCCUGUCUGGGCCUCCACUGUGGCCUCUGAGCUUCCGCUUGGCUCAUCAAGUGGCUCUAGGCAUGAACUUCCUCCAUUCAAGGAACCUAAUCCACCAUGACCUGAAACCGAGUAAUGUGCUGCUGAACGAUGACCUUAACGCCAAGCUGGCAGACUUUGGCCUGUCCAGGGUUUCCACCAGUGUUUUGAAGAGUGAAAAGAAAGAAAUGGUUGGAGGCACAUACAAGUACAUGCCUCCUGAGGCUUUUGACCCAUCAUAUGAGCCUGUUCGUGCUUUUGACAUAUACAGCUAUGGUAUCUUUCUCUGGUCUGUUCUUGCUGGAAAAGAGCCCUAUACAAGUGCUGGUAGAGGUCAUGUGGCACUGAAAAUUCCUAUGGGGGACAGACCGCCCUGUGAGGACAUUGACCAGAGGAAAGCAGCAGGUUUAAAAGAGCUGGUUGACCUCAUGAAAAUCUGCUGGGAUGAGAAGCCCUCUGAGAGGCCUGCCUUUAAAGAGUGCCUUGAAGUCACUGAGACUGUUUUCUCAAAGUACAAGAGCCAAAUUCAUGCUGCAGUCGCUCAAGUUUUGGAAAGACUAGACUCACCAACCAGUUACCAACAUUCAAACACAAGUGUGCCGUCCAGUUUUUCUCCUCAAAUGCCAGAAGACUCAGAGUCACAUGAUACUGUAGAUCAUGUAAGAUUUCUAAAAACAAAAAGAUCUUCCACACAGGAGUCAGUCAGUGUUUCUGCUAAAACUAUGAGUGAUGCAGAUAAAGCAAAGUUCAUUGACAACAACAGGACGGUGUUGAUCAGAGAAGUUUGCGAGGUAAUGGCGAUAGUAGACGAGCUUGGAGGCAUGGUCCACAGUGAAACCUACUCGGUGAUUGAAGCAAAACAGACGAGCGAGGAUAAAAUGAGAGCACUUUUUCAGAGGACAUUACGUUCAGGAGGGGAAAAGGUCAAAGCCGCCUUCUACGAUAUCCUCAAAACACAGCAGUCCACACUAAUGGAGAGGCUCGGGGGAUAAUUCCAAAGGAAAUGUGGCCUUCCUACAUUUUCCUCUUCCACUUUCCCUGCCUCUCCUCCAAGGUGUUCGUCUUUUACGAAAUCAUUUAUUUCGUAUUCAUUUGUCGAUAUGUAAUUAACAUGUCCUAUACCCCAACUGUUAAGUCAAGAGAACAAUUGCUUUAAUAAAGAAAAACAAUUCUGUC